AUGAACGCAUCCACAACCUCCGCUGCCAGUAGCGCCGCGACUACUACAGGUAAUAGUGCAAAUGAUUCUGGUUCUGCGACGAGCUCACCUCUUCUGUUCUUUGUUGCCCUUGGAUUCGGCGUUGUUUUCACCAAUCUAUGGAUUAUAGUCGGGGUGAAGUAUUGUUUCCGGUACAAUCAACGAAAUCGUCAGUUGCGCAGCGAGGAGACUGGGGAGCCUAUUGACCUGGUCACAAUGCCUCGACCCCAUCGAAGACGGCGGGAAAAGAGAUUGAUGACGAUGGACGAAGUCAAUGCGCGGUUUCCCUUGAUGAAAUACAAAGUCUGGAGGUCGUCGCGCGCCAAUGAAGGUCUCCCCACAGAAGGAGGCAUUAGCGCUCCUAACAGCCGGCCACAGAGCUUGACCCAUGAGGAGGGCGUUAUCUCUGCGCUAGGUGGCGCAGAGAUAGCUGCAUUAACCCCUGCUGAAAUGGAGCAUGAGAGUGACGGUCUCAAUCCUCCACAUGCUUCCUCUCAUCCACAAUCUGGAACAACCAUGCAGCCAACAGAGAAGGGCACCCGAUCUACUACUAUUGCCCCGGGUAGAACCGGUGCGGAAAUCACUGAAGAGAAGUGGCAGCAUACGUUGGUCAAUGAAGAUAUGGACCUAGAAGAAGACGAAGAAAGUGAUCAAAUUCGUAAAGCUGUUCCACCUGAACUGCUUCCGAAUCCGGGUGAUUCCUGUGCAAUUUGUCUAGACAUUAUUGAGGACGACGAUGAUAUCCGUGGGCUAACCUGUGGGCAUGCUUUUCAUGCCUCGUGUGUGGAUCCUUGGUUGACUAGUAGGAGAGCCUGCUGUCCUCUAUGUAAAGCCGAUUACUAUGUUCCCAAGCCUCGUGCACAUGCAGCCGAAGGACAAGUGGCAGGCGAUCGACAAGGGCGGCGCACGGCAUCGAGCGGCAACGACGUCCUACCGAGACCUCCUCAUGUAGCUCACUCAAGAAACAACCGGACUCCCCUAUUCCGGUUACAGAUGGCUCUCCCAGGACGUCUAUUUCAAACCGCACAGGCAGAACACCACGCGGGGCCUUCACAUUCAGAAGGUCGCCCAAGUCGCACGCACCAAGAAUCUGGACUGCCAGAGAGCUUACCACGCCGAUCUUAUUGGUCACGGCUUUUUUCAAUACGUCCUCGUGGGAUUUCUUCCAAUACUCCCUCGACACACUCCCCUGGGGCCUCAGAAAUCCAACCGUCAGCUGGACAGUCCCGCACGCCUGGCCAACUCGAGGCCGGACUUUGA